AUGGAGCAGGUUGGGGGUUCAGGUGCGCGUUCCAGAAGCGGGGCUGCUAGUCCUAGAGCCGAGGACGACGAGGGUGACGAUGCGCGUUGCACGAGUAGCAAUGUCGACGGGAAUAAUCACAGCAGCAGCGUCCGCAAUAGCGGAAAUGACGGAGCUGUUGUGCGGGAGGUGUCGGAGAGGAGCCAAGUCUCCUCCUCACCAGAAGAGGCCGCACCACGGACGGCAAACGCGCCGCCGGAAGCAAUGUCUAACCCAAUAAUAGCAGCAGCAGUACCAGCCGCUGCCACUGAUUAUCGUAAAACUGACGCUCAUGCGACGGCAGCUUCAGGUGGCCCUGCGGCCGCCGGCAAAAGGGCCGUCGUAGCUCCUGGGCAGCUGCAAAUACCACCGAGCUUCCAUUCCAAUCUUAGGGUUUCUGAGGAUGGCAAUGCGGGGACCGGCUAUGCUGCUGGUGGCGGGAAAGGGAAGGCGGGUUCUUCUGGGUGUGGUAACCGAGUGCGGAGUAGGGAGUUUACUGCGGUACGUUCCGGUGAGGAAGCAGAUCAAGCGGAGACGACGACGAGGCGUGCAGGAGAGCUAGACGCAAGGAGUAAGACGAGAAACGGAGGGAGAGGCGGCGGGAAGGGUAGAAACCAAGGAGCGCGCGGGAGAGGGAGGAGCAGCAAAGGCAACCGGCCGGUUUCCGCUGCUGGGAGCAAGCAAGGGGAACGAGAAGGCUGGGUGUUAGACCUUACAGGUCUAGGCCUCGACAUAGGGAUUGAAAUGGGGAAGCGGAAAGGGCGGGCGGUGGCGGGGCCUGCUGGGGGGAGCGGGCUGGUGAGGAGGGAUGAGAUUGUGUUUGCGCGGACGGUGGGGGGAAGGAGACGGCGCCUUCCCCCUGCUCCUGUGUGGGUGGGCAAGGAGGGCGAUAAGCGGUUGGGAGGCGGUGAAGGAAGAGGGGUGGGGUGUUUGCAGGAGAGGGCGGUGGGGCCGACUAGCAGCGCGGAAAUGUCUUCUUCUGUCUCUUCUGCUUCCGCCUCUGCCGCUGGUGGUGGCACUGCGGCUGCUAGUACUGCCAGUACCACUGCUGCUGCUGCUGCCGCUGCUGAUGGUCGUGGUACUAACGCUGCUGCUGCUGCUGCUGGUGCUGCUGCUGGUGCGGAGAGCGGCGGCGGUAGGGCGAGUCUAGGAGUGACGUCUUUUGCCGCUCUGUCCUCCUCAUCGCUCCCCUCACUCCCAAUCUCCAUACCCUUACCGCCCCUGCUGGGCGGGGUGCUUCAGUCUGCUGCUUCUGCUGCCGCUGCUGCUCCCGCUGCUGCUGCUGCUGCAGCCUCUGAUGGUGCACCUACAGCUGUAUCAGCUGGAGCGGUUGUGGCUGCUACUGGCGCAGCUUCUUCUGAAGAGUCAGGGUUGGGAAUAGAGGGGCAGUUGGGAAAAAAGGAGGCGGGGGGCGUGCAUCAACGGCAGGAAGGAAACACAGAGGAAGACGAUGAGAGGAAAGGGAAGGGUGAGGUAGAGGUGACGGCGGAGGAGGAGGUGGGGGAAGAAGAGGAGGACGAUGGAAACGAGGAUGAGGAGGAGUACGAUGAGGAGGAAGAGGAAGAAGAAGAGGAGGAAGAGGAGGUAGAGGGAGGGUAUGAUGACGAAGACACAGAGGAGGACUUGAGGCGUGUGGAGUCUCACGAGGAGAUGAGCAGCCACGGGGGAGCAGCCAGCGACAGCAUGUACGAGUUCUUGGACGGCGAGGGCGAAGGGGAUGGAGAUGGAGAGGGCGAUGUGGUGGUGGAGGGGGAAGGGGGAGGGGCGGAGGGGGACAUGGAGCCGUUGCUCAAGUACGAGCGGAUGGAGAGGGACGUGAGCGAGGUGCUCAAGACGGCCAUCCCCACGUGCGUGGCGCUCUCUGCGCACGGCCUCAUUGCGCUGGGCACCACGGAGGGCACUCUGCAUGUCGUCGACCACCAUGGCCGACAGGUCAGUCAGCCGCCUCGCCCUGCUCUCCCUGCUCGCCAUGCUCUCCCUGCUCGCCAUGCUCUCCCUGCUCGCCAUGCUCUCCCUGCUCGCCCUGCUCUCCCUGCUCGCCCUGCUCUCCCUGCUCGCCCUGCUCUCCCUGCUCGCCCUGCUCUCCCUGCUCGCCCUGCUCUCCCUGCUCUCCCUGCUCUCCCUGCUCUCCCUCCUCUCUCUGCUCUCUCUGCUUUCCUGCUCUCCCUGCUCUCUCUCAAUGUGAAGACCUACGACCCACACGUGGGAGCCGUGACAGACGCGGUCUUCGACUCCACCUCCUCACACCUCGCCACCUGCUCAGACGACGGCACUGUAGUCAUCCGCUCCCUCAACCUCCCUCCCCACCUCACCACCCCACCUCCCCUCUCCUCCUCCCCAUCCUCCUCUUCCCUCUCCUCCUCCGCGUUCACCGCAUCCUCCCCGCCGGCUUCUCUCUCCGCUGCUGCUGCGGCUGCGGCGUCCUCGGGGGUGGAGACGGUGGAGCGGUUUGAGUACCAUCGCCCGCUCAGAUCGCUUGCUCUUGAUCCCGCGUUCGGUGCUGUGUGGCGCACACGCCAGUUCGCCACUGGGGGCGUGGCGGGGGAGCUUAUUUUGAGCACACGGGGGUGGCUGGGGGCGACGGAUCAGGUGCUGCACACGGGGGAGGGCGCUAUAACAGUGGUGCGGUGGAGGGGCACGUACCUAGCAUGGGCCAACGACCGUGGAGUCAAGGUCUACUGUGUCGCCUCCUCUGCUCGCCUCGCCUUUGUGGAGCGCCCACGAGGCAGCCCCAGCCCUUCCGUGCUGCCUCCACACCUCUUCUGGCGGGUCCGUGCUCCCCCUCCUGCUCCCCCUCGUGCUCCCCCUCCCGCUUGCCCUCCUGCGUGCUCUCCCAUUCCCCGGCGGGCUACGUUCCUUAUCCAUCCUGCGGGCGAGGGGCCCCUCACUCUGGUACGCCCUGCCCCACUCGAGGGUGGGGCCAUGUGCAUGGGCAUGGAUAUGUGCAUGGGCAUGGAUAUGUGCAUGGGUAUGGAUAUGUGUAUGGGCAUGGAUAUGUGCAUGGGCAUGGAUAUGGGCAUGGGCAUGGGCAUGGGCAUGGGCAUGGGCCUGAGCAACACAUUGCCCACCUUGUGCCAUGCUCCAAUUCACCCAUCCCUCCAACCCUCUGUUCCCCCCGCUCCAUGCACAAUGUCAACUGUCUCCCUGUGCAUCUGGCCCUAUGUUCUCCUCCCCUCCUGUCCUCCUCUACCCCUGUCCCUCCUCUCCCCCUGUCUGCUUCUCCCCCUGUCUUCCUCUCCCCCUUUCCUCCUCUCCCCUGUCCUCCUCUCCGCCUGUCCCCCUGUCGUCCCGAUGAGCAGGGAUGCACAGGACCACGUGCAGUGGCUGCUGUCACAGGGCCGCAUUCAUGCUGCUCUAGAAGCCACCGGCCUUGCACCUGCUGCUUCUGCCACUGGCGCUUCUGCUGGUGCUUCUAGUGCCACUACUGAUGGUGCUGCGUCUGCUGGCGCUGCUGCUGCUGCUGCUGCGGAUGGUGGUGGUGGUGCUGCUGCCGCUGCUGGCGCUGCUGGUGGUGCUGCUGCUGCCGCUGCUGGCGCUGCUGCUGCUGCUGCUGCUGCUGCUGCUGCUGCUGCUGCUGCUGCGGAUGGUGGUGGUGCUGCUGCUGCCGCUGCUGGUGCUGCUGCUGGUGCUGCGGGCAGUGCAGGGAUGGAGGGAGGAACGCUAACAGGCAUCACACUGGAGUUGCUUUCAGAGGUGAGGAGAGGAAAGGCGAGGCGACCAGCAGUGAAAGGCGACCAGCUGUUGUGGGUUCACACCAAACACUGGCCUGAUGCAGAGUGCAGAGAGCAGACAGUGCUCUGCAUGCACUCGCAUCUGGCACAGGGACAUGAUGCCCGCGUCUCAGUCAGGUGGGACAGCAGCAGCAGGGAGCAGCACCUGGCGCAUCAGCACUCGCACUCCCCUCUCCCCUGCAUCUCUCCCUGCAUCUCUCCCUGCAUCUCUCCCUGCAUCUCUCCCUGCAUCUCUCCCUGCAUCUCUCCCUGCAUCUCUCCCUGCAUCUCUCCCUGCAUCUCUCCCUGCAUCUCUCCCUGCAUCUCUCCCUGCAUCUCUCCCUGCAUCUCUCCCUGCAUCUCUCCCUGCAUCUCUCCCUGCAUCUCUCCCUGCAUCUCUCCCUGCAUCUCUCCCUGCUCUCUCCCUGCCUCGUUGGCACCCACACGCACACACGCACAUACCCCCACCCCACCUGCAUGCCCCAACCAGUUGGGGCAGCAGUACCUGGAGCAUCUGAUGCAGCAGCGCAGGUACCACCAGGCCGCUGCUCUCUGCCCCAAGCGUCAUCUCGUGGGGCAGCAGUACCUGGAGCAUCUGAUGCAGCAGCGCAUGUACCACCAGACCGCUACUCUCUGCCCCAAGCUGCUCCGCUCUCACGCCGCCUCCUGGGAGAGGUGGGUGGUGUGUUUCGCCCAGGCGCAUCAGCUACCAGUGCUGCUGCCGCACAUUCCCUUUGAGCACCCCCAGCUCGCCCCAGCGGUCUAUGAGAUGGUGCUCUGUGCGUUCCUGCCAUCCCCAGCGGACCACCCUCUCUUCCUCGCCGUCAUGCGCUCGUGCCCUUUUGAAACGUCUCAGAAUUCUUCCCCUCACAACCCCCCUCCAUCCCCUCCCUGCUGCCUCCAGAUGGUGCUGUGUGCGUUCCUGCCAUCCCCAGCGGACCACCCUCUCUUCCUCGCUGUCGUACGCUCGUGGCCGCCCGCUAUCCUGCCGCUGCCCUCCCUCAUCGCCCGCGCUCAAUCCCGCCACGCCGCUCUCGCUGCUCACGCCCGUCCCUCCGCGCCCCUGCUCGAGGUGAUGAUGCUGGGAAUGGGAAGUAGGAAGGGACACUUUCACGGGACGGGAAAGGGGCUUGGCUUCCGUCCAAAGAGCGCAUGUUUUGCUGCUCCCGUUUCAUACAUCUCAGAGCUCCUGUUUCUCUGCUCGCAUCGCAUCGCAUGCAUCCCACUCUGCUUCGUUCUGCCACACUCUGCUGCUCUCCCUCUGCUGUCCAUCAACUCUCCCUCUGCUGCCCAUCAACUCUCCCUCUGCUGUCCAUCAACUCUCCCUCUGCUGUCCAUCACCUCUCCCUCUGCUGUCCAUCAACUCUCCCUCUCCUUUCCAUUACCCCUGCCUGUCGUCACAGGCCUUGGCAGAGCUAUCAAUGAAGAGCAACAACAUACCACAGACCCUGCACUUCUACCUCCUCGUAUGCUCCCCCCUUUCGCCCCUCUGCUCUUAUAUCCUCCAAGGUACCUUGUUGCCACUUUCGUCCCCCCUUCCCUUCUCAUUCGCCGUCCCUAG